ACGCUCAGUCCGCGAAAAAGCGCCGUGCACGCCGUACGCGUACACGCGUGCGACAUCCAUCAUAUUGUACGGCCGAUCGUCGUCGUCGUUGUCGCCGUCGCCGCUGUUUCCGCAAACGUAUAAACACGCGACACCGGUAGCCGCUAGUCGCUACUAACAACUAGAGCGUUAUUAUAUGCUCUAUAAUUGUUGUUGUUGUCUAGCAGCUACACACGCGCGUUUGACCGGUCACGUGAAACCACCAACACGCGGCCGCUGGAGACGUGCCCGAUACACUAGUAUAAUGUAAUUGCAGUGAAACCGCCUGCAAAUACCGGACAUUCUCGGUCGCUGAAUUCUUUCGGUUUGUAAUUCAUAGCCGAAAAAACGUCCGGUAUCUGGAGGGGUCUGUUAUUAGGUGAGGUUUCACCUUGCAUUAUAAUAAACUAUCUCGACCGAGCUCGAAGCCCGUCAUCACUGUCGUCGUCGUCGCGCUUAACGACGGCGGCGGCCGCGACGUUAGCCGUGGCCAUUACGGCGGCCGUUGCCGUGGCGUGGUACGCUUCCAACAGUGGGCCGCCGCCGCCACCGACGCCGGCGGUGGCCGACACGGUGCUGAUCCACGCAACCAUGUGCGCGUGCCAACUGCUCGCGUUCACGGCCGUCGUUUACGUGCUGUCCGCGUGCUGCGGCGUGCGCAUCGUACGCGCGGCCACCUGCCGCGGCGGCAGGCGUACCGCUUGUCACCGCUACCCCGGCGGCCCGUUGUCCGAACCCGUGACCACUCGAGACUCCGACUCUGCGGAAGGCCUGCGCCACGACGGUGAUCACCCUUCGCAAACGUGCGCCGACAAUCACGUGCCCUACAGACGCAGGAAGAUCAGAUCCGCCGCGCCACUGUUACAGCGGUCUGAACCACACGAAUCGGAAUUGUUCAAAAGCGUUACCGACAACAACCCCGAAGACUUAUUAAAAUCAUCUGACUCGGAUCUGGACGAGCCGUUGGACUAUAAAGAGAAUUCCUAUUUUCCAGUCCGAGUGGGAUCCGUCAUCAACGACCGUUAUCACAUAAUAAAGAAACUGGGUUGGGGUCAUUUCUCAACAGUUUGGCUCUCUUGGGACGACGUGGCACACAACUUUUCAGCUCUCAAGGUCGUGAAAUCCGCAAUUGACUACACAGAAAGUGCGUUGGAUGAAAUACGAAUGUUGAAAAGCAUAUAUCGUCACCGAGAUUUGGAUACGAACCGUACAAAGAUCAUUCAGUUGUUCGACGAUUUCCGAAUAGACGGUUUGCGGGGUAUGCACGUGGUCAUGGUAUUCGAGGCGCUGGGACCCAAUUUACUUAAGCUCAUCAAGAGGACCAACUACCAGGGGAUACCUCUGUACUUGGUGAAACAUAUCAUCAGACAAGUGCUGCAAGGGCUGAAAUACCUUCACGAGACUUGUCACAUAAUUCACACGGACAUCAAGCCUGAGAAUAUAUUGAUUUGUGCACAACACCAAUACAUAAAGCUAACAGCCGAAAACAGUUGCAAACAAAUGUCUAUACUGAGCUUACGCAACAAAAAAUGUGGAAAAAAUACCGCCGAUGAAAGAUUACAGGGUAAUUAUCGAUUAGACGGAAGUCGAUCGGAACAAUCGUUGGACAUGGAAAGCGAGAGUUAUGCCGAAUCAAAUUGUUAUUUUAGAAAAAUUAGUAAGUUCAAAAGAUUAUACGAAUUGUUGGACGACUUGGGAAGUGUAAAUAUCAAAAUAGCUGAUCUUGGUAACGCUUGUUGGGAGGAUAAUCACUACACAGAAAAUAUUCAAACUCGUCAAUACCGAAGUCUGGAGGUUCUACUAGGUGCUGGAUACGGCACACCUGCAGACAUUUGGAGCACAGCUUGUCUGGCAUUCGAGCUGGCUACUGGUGAUUUUUUAUUCGACCCGCACUCUGGGGCCACUUACAACAAAGACGAAGACCAUAUAGCCCACAUAAUCGAGCUCUUAGGCCAGAUACCGAUGUACGUGAUUCAAAGCGGCAAACACUCCAGCAGCUUUUUCAGGACCAACGGCAAUUUGAAGCACAUCAGUAACUUGAAACCGUGGUAUCUGUACGACGUGUUGACAGAGAAAUACGAGUGGAACACGAAGGAGGCCAAAGCAUUUUCGUCGUUUCUGACACCAAUGUUGGACUUGGAUCAGGAUAAUCGAGCUUCGGCAACCCAAUGUCUUUUAAACCCGUGGAUGUUGGCAUAACGUCUUCGUCAUUCGAUUAUAAAUAAUUAUAUUAUCAUAAGUAGGUAGUUAUAGUGAAAUUUCCAUUAUUAUGUUAUACAUGUGUGUGUUUACGAGUUUUUCAGUUUUAAACUAAUUACACAAACAAAUGAUUAUACUUAUACAUUACAUACAUACAUACGUACAUUUAUAUAAUAUAUAAUAUGUAUGUUAUAUAUAGUCAAAUAGUACCAACUGUAUGAGCUCGUAUGUAUACUGCGUACUCUAUAUAACACCAAUUAAGUUAUAUUUAAAUGUUGUAAAAAUAUAUACGUAAUAUACUCGUGUAUGGCUAUGUAUUUUUUUUACGAUAAAAAAAAGAGAGAUGAUCGGAUGGACAUUGUUAGAUUUCGUCUUUUUCCCAUAAGAAAAACUGGCUAACCAUAAUAUAACAGCCUCACGCACUUCAUCUAAAUAAUAUUAUGACUCAAUUUUCACUUAUAUAAUAUAUAUAUUGAGAAUUGACAUACUUAACAUUUAUUAAAUGAUACCUACUUUAAAAAUGUGUUGUGGAUACAAUUUAAUAUUAGUAUCAAAAUUAUUAUAUAUACAAUGUAUUAUAAUCUUGAACGAACUAUGAUUUCAAUGUAUGUAAAAUUUUUAUAAUGAAACACGAGUUGAUUGAUUAACAGUAAGACAUUCAAUAAUAAUGUGUGUGUUACGUUUGUCGAUCAACCAGUAGUUCUUUUUUUAUUACUAUUAUUUAUAUAUUAUUGUGUAACUUCGAAUUCGACCUAAAUUCGCUGCCCUUUUCACAAAUUGUACAUGUCGUUUAUGACAUUUAUGUAUAUUUAAGUAUAAUUUUUAAGUACCUACUCGUAUAAUACUUACAACUUACUACAUAUCACCAGCUAUCAAAUUAAUUUAACGUUCUAUUAUUUUAUGUGGUACUUAUGCUAAUUUCAUUACAAGCCAGGCAACAUUUUAUUUAUGCUGCACAAUAUUGACAAUUAAUUUAUUAUUUUGUGAAGUAUACCCUCUCAGAUCUCAUAGCUCAUAAACAAAAUUAAAUUGGAGCUUUGUGGAAUCUACCCGUCCCCCUACCACCCGAAAAAAAGAACAUAAUAAUUAAUUUCACAGUCGGCAUAUCCAUAACAGAUAUUAUGGGCCAAAAUUGUUUCAAUUAAAAUGUAGGUAAAUUUUAAAAAAAUUGCCUGAUUACAUUAUAUUUCUUGGUUAAUAUAUAACAUUAAUACAUUUUAAAAAGGUAGGUACUAUUGCUUGGAUCAUAGAAUAAUAAAUACGAUCUUAUAAAAAAAAAUUAAUAAUUUUGUUUAUAAGUUUGUAUUUUUCUUGUUUUUAUGUUGUUGUAUUAUGAUUAUGUAUAAGCAGUAAUAGCUAAAACUAUUUGUCAUUAACUGUAUAGGUAUUUUAAUACAUAACAAUAAAAAAUGUCGGGUGUAAAAGUUAAAUAUUUUGUUUUCAAUGUGGUGGUGUUAAAUGUAAAUUGUAAGAGUUUAUUCAAUAUUUUUAAUAUACGUAUUAUUGGUGGAGUGCGGGUGAACUGCAAAGUCACCAUAAAUCACUGUAACUUAAAAAUAUUCAAUCUCUCCAAUAAAAACUAGUUUUUUCCAUGUUCUACAAAACAUUUUUCGUACAACAAUGAUUUAAACUACUAGUAUAUUGGACUAUUAGUAUAUUAUUGGAAAUAAAUAAAAUCGAAUUAUAUAAAAGUAUAAAACACUGUACUUUAUGUUUUCAAUUCGUAGUAACUAGUAGGUAUAUAAUAUAAUGUAUUAAUGUAUAUAGAAUAUUAUAAAUCAUGAAAUUUCUGAUAAAAUGACAUAUAUUAUUAUUUGUUGAAAAAUAUUAAUUAACCUAUAGGUCCUACAUUAUAAUAAUAUUAUACUAGCAGCAAAUAAUACUUUUGAAAAUAUUAUAAUUUCUUUAACUUUAAUUUCUAAUGCUCUACAGUAAUUAACAAGGUUAAACGUAUUUAUGUAUUAAGUCAAUAUUAUAUACCUUUACUAUUCAAUUACUGAAUAAGGGUAUAUUAUUAAGUAAAAUUACGUAGUAUAUAAAUUACCUA